UUGCCCUUGUGUGGCAUAUCUUGGAAUGCCGCGAUGAUGUGCACACGUGGUGCAGAGAAGCAGCAGCUUGCCGUAAUGCAUUCUGUACCGCUCGAUGCAAUAUCACCAGCGCUUCCUCCAUCAUGGUGAAGCAGCGCCGGCGUUCCCCCGUUCCUCUGCUUCAGCUCACGUGAGAUGAGACCGCUUGCAUACCAAGGAGGCCGCCAUGAUGAUGCGCUUUUUCUCCUACCUCCCGCCAUGGCCCGCUCCUCUCCCCGCUGCAUGGAUCCAUGCACGGCCAUCUCGAGCCCGCCUCUUCGGCGAGGCGCCAGACAAGCGCAUCCGCUUAAAAGCGGCCCUCUUCUUGUUAGCGUCUGCUGCGCCCGCUGUCGAAGCUUCUCCCCGAGAUGCAGCAUCCUUCCUGUUACUCAAAAUAGCUUUUUCCACGCCGCUCCCUGUGGCUCGGCUUCCUUUUGGCCGUGAACCUGCUUCUUGAAAAGGCCCACCAACCCUCGGGCCGAAGCUCUGGAUUUGUCGUAGCCACAAUUCCUUGUCGCCGAGUUUCCGCAGUCCCUUGGAGCAACCCUCGUUCCGAUCAGUCCCCUCCCAUGGCGACGGCCGCUUUCGCCUUCGCGUCGUCAAUGAUAGCCCGCCAGGUCACUCGUUCCUUCACAGCAUCCCACGCAGUGGCGGCGCACUCCGCGCCAUGGCGGCUUCCCGCUGGAACGAGCUCUGGGGCAGCUCGUACACAGGCGGAAGCGCGCGCUCCCGCGCGCAGGGGCGCUUUGAGACGCCCCCGUCCCUCGGCGGGGCUGCGCUUCCGCUGCCAGCGCGCAAACGCUGGGAGCCCCCUUCCCCUUGCGCACAUCUCGACCCCCCGCGAACGACCACAAGGGGCUUUCGUUCCGAUGCCUUCAUGGCUCCCGGGGCGACCAGAAGCAGCAGCCGCCGCAGCCUUUGUCUGCUAGUGGCGGCGCUAGUGGCGGGCGCUAGCGCCAGGGGAGUUGCCUCGGAUGCUGCCGCGGAUGCUGCCGCGCAAGAGGCGACCUCGCGGCCCUCGAAGGAGUGGCGGAUGUUGCCGCUGGGGUACCGCCCCGCGCACGCGGUGGCGCUGCAGGAGCGCAUCGAAGAGAUGUGGGAGGCGCGCGCGGGGCGGAAGGGGGAGGCGGGGAGGGUGCGGGGGAAGGCAGCGGGAGAGAAGGAAGGGGGCGAGGGAGCGAAGGAGAGUGUGAAGGAGGAGGAGCGGCGCGAGUUGGAGGCGCUAAAUUGGGCGUUCAGUCAGCUGCCGUUGCUCGAAAUCCCCUCCGACGCUCGUCUCUCGGACGCUCUUCGACUGCUGCAGAAGUCCGGGCUCAUGGCGGCACCCGUCAGGGACGUGGCAGCGAGGGAAGACGCGCCUCUGCAGCAGCGGUACCUCGGCAUGGUGGAUGGCGCGGGCAUCGUGCUGUGGGUCAUGGGGCAGCUCGACCUCCUCUCUCUCAUGCUGCUGCUCGCCAUGCCCCACCGCCCCCAAGUGCUCCCCAUCGUCACCUACCCCCCACCUCCUCCUCUCCCUUCUCCUCCUCUCCCUCUCCUCCUCUCCCUUCUCGUCUCCCUCCGCCUCCUCUCCUGCGUCCUCCUCUCCCUCCUCCCCACUCCAUCCUCCCUUCUCUCCUCCUCUCCCUCCUCCUCCCCUCCCUCCUCCUCCUCCGCCACUUUUCCUGCUUCCACUUCUGCCGAGCCUGCUGCUGCAGCUUCGUCACUAGGUUCGGAGACCGCCCCUGUGCCGAGCCUGUCAGCCCUGGUGUCGCAGGUGAUGUGGUGAAAUUUCCUGGCGGAGUGUGACGGGCAGCCGUGGUUCGAGUGGGUGGCGGGGAGAAGGCUGAGUGACAUGGGGCUCCCGAGAAUGGACAAAGAAUCGACUGUGAAGGUGAGAUUCAUCGUCUCACCCGAAGAGCAGCCGUGGUUCGAGUGGGUGGCGGGGAAGCAACUGAAAGACGUGGGGACGCCAAGAACUGCUGGAUAUGCAAGGGUGCUAUUCUACCACUAGACCACUGGCACUCGAGGGAUGAGUAUUUGUGUGCCUUUGAGAAGUUUGAAAUGUUUGAGCAGAGCUCUACAGCAGGAUGACAAUGGAACCAAUGUCGAAGUUUUGGCCAGUGACAUUGCAAGUGCGUCACAGACGUUGACAGUGCAAACGCGUCACAGACGGUGACAGCAUUUGGUUUGGGUGCAGAAAAUUGCCGGUUGGAUUCCUAGCAUCCCUAGCAUCCCUAGCAUCCCUAGCAUCCCUAGCAUCCCUAGCAUCCCUAGCAUCCCUAGCAUCCCUACAGUUGCAGCAGAAUGCAAUGGUCAGCUGGCAGUGCAACGGACAGCCUAGCAGAGUGCAACGGAUAGCCUGGAUUAGAAGGGGUGGCCGAAAUACAAGUGGAAGACAGAGGGCUUUUUGAAAUGCCUGCUGCAGAAUCACCAGUCGAAGAGGUGAGCGAUGUGUCGUUAACUCUUGAAGACAGACAGCUGUGGCUCUGGUGGGUGGCGACAAGAUGCGUGAGUUGUGAGGCUGUCAGGCAUAGUGCAGAAUGGGCGGUUGAGGUGAGUCGUGUGAGUCACAUGCUUGGUUGGGAAAAAUGAUCGUUGUUAGCAAAAGGGAAGUGAGUAAUGGAUGGGCUCACAACUUUUCUUGCAUCCACGUUUGUUUCACGGACUCUUUGGAUCAUAAGAG